AUGCAAUACUCCAAACUCGCUGUUUUAUCCGCUGCCGCUAGUACUGCCUUAGCUGGUUACUCCAACUCAACUGCUCCACCAACUUCAACCGAUACUGAAAUUGAAACUACUGUCAUUACAAUUACUUCAUGUAAAGAAAACUCAUGUACAGAAGUCCCAGUUACCACUGGUGUCACCACUGUCACUGAAGUUGAAACUACAUACACUACCUGGUGCCCAUUGCCAACCACUGAAAAGCCAACCGAACUUCCACCAUCUACUGGAGAACCAGGACCAACUGAAACUGAAACUGAAAUUUCAACCACCAUCAUCACCAUUACUUCAUGUGAAGAGGAUAAAUGUACCGAAGUUCCAAUUACUACAGGUGUAACUACUGUUACUGAAGUUGAAACUACAUACACCACCUAUUGUCCUUUGCCAGAACAACCAACUGAACAACCAACCGGUGAAAAGCCAACUGAACAACCAACAGGUGAAAAGCCAACUGAACAACCAACCGGUGAAAAGCCAACUGAACAACCAACUGGUGAACAACCAACUACUCAACCAACCGGUGAACAACCAACCACUCAACCAACCGGCGAGCAACCAACCGGCGAACAACCAACCACUCAAACUACUGUUGCUGCUGAAUCGUCUACUCCAGCUGAAGAAUCAGCAGCACCAACCGUUUCUGAAAUUUCUGAAGCUGCUGGUGCCGUCAAGUCUGUUUCAUUUGUUGUUGGAUUGUUGGCUUUGGGUGCUGCUUUGGUCUAA